CCCCGCCGCCCCCCUCCGCCUCCGCUACCACUGCUGCUACUGCUUUGCUCUUCGCCAAUUCGGAGAGGGACGGAAGCCUGUGUCAUGCAAUUGGUGCCAAGUGAAGGUGCCCGAGUCUGAAGUGCCCGUGAGGAAGUGAAAGCCAAAUCAAACCCCACAAUGACAGCCAUGAAGCAGGAGCAGCAGCAGUCCAAUCCAGGGGCCAGAGGGAGCCAGGCGCAGCAGCAAGAUCAGGAGCUGGGGAGUAAUAGCCCUCCACAAAGAAACUGGAAGGGAAUUGCUAUUGCCUUGUUGGUGAUUCUUGUUGUGUGCUCACUCAUCACUAUGUCAGUCAUCCUCUUAACCCCAGAUGAAAUUACAAAUUCAUCAGAAACCAGAUUGUCUUUAGAAGAUCUCUUCAGAAAGGAAUUUGUGGUUCAUAAUCCUGAGGCCAGGUGGAUCAAUGAUUCAGAUGUGGUGUAUAAAAACGGGAAUGGACAUGUCAUUAAACUGAAUGUAGAAACAAAUGUCACCACAUUAUUAUUGGAAAACACAACUUUUGUAACCUUCAAAGCAUCAAGACACUCUGUUUCACCAGACUUAAGAUUUGUUCUUCUGGCUUAUGAUGUGAAACAGGUUUAUCAUUAUUCAUACACAGCCUCAUAUGUGAUUUACAACAUACAUACAAGGUAAGUUCUUUCAUAUUCCAUUUGGGAGUUAAACCCUCCAGAGGUUGAGGAUUCCAUUUUGCAGUAUGCAGCUUGUGUACAAGGGCAGCAACUGAUUUACAUUUUUGAAAAUAACAUCUACUAUCAACCUGAUGUGAAGAGCAGUUCAUUGCGACUGACAUCUUCAGGAAAAGAAGGAAUUAUUUUUAAUGGAAUUGCUGACUGGUUAUAUGAAGAGGAACUUCUGCAUUCUCAUAUUGCUCAUUGGUGGUCCCCGGAUGGAGAAAGGCUUGCAUUCCUGAUGAUAAAUGACUCUUUGGUACCAAACAUGGUUAUUCCUCGCUUUACUGGAGGGCUGUAUCCCAAAGCAAAACAGUAUCCAUAUCCUAAGGCUGGUCAAGUGAACCCAACAGUUAAAUUAUAUGUUGUGAACUUAUAUGGACCUACUCAUACUUUGGAGCUUAUGCCACCUGACAGUUUUAAAUCAAGAGAAUAUUAUAUCACCAUGGUGAAGUGGGUGAGCAAUACCAAGACUGUAGUGAGAUGGUUAAACAGACCUCAGAACAUCUCCAUUCUAACUGUCUGUGAGACAACUACAGGAGCUUGUAGCAAAAAAUAUGAGAUGACAUCAGACGUGUGGCUUUCUAAACAGAAUGAGGAGCCUGUGUUUUCCAAAGAUGGCAGCAAGUUCUUUAUGACAGUCCCUGUUAAGCAGGGAGGUCGAGGAGAAUUCCAUCACAUUGCCAUGUUCAUUGUUCAGCCUAAAAGUGAGCAAAUCAGCGUGCGGCAUCUGACAUCAGGAAACUGGGAAGUCAUAAAAAUCUUGGCAUAUGAGGAAAGUACUCAAAAGAUUUAUUUCUUGAGCACAGAGACUUCGUCAAGAGGAAGACAACUUCACAGUGCAUCCACUGAUGGAUUAUUGAAUCGUCAAUGUCUUUCAUGCAGUUUUAUGAAAGAUCAGUGCACAUAUUUUGGUGCGAAGUUUAGUCCUACAAAUCAACACUUUUUAUUACAUUGUAAAGGGCCAGGUGUUCCAGUGGUCAGUGUACACAAUACCAACAACCCUUCAAAAUUUUACAUAUUGGAAAGUAAUUCCAUAUUAAAAGAAGCCAUCAUGAAGAAAAAGAUCACCAAGACUGAAACUAAAAUGCUCCACAUUGAGGACUAUGAACUUCGUUUACAGUUGUCCUUCCCCAAGGAUUUUUCGGAUCGAAACCAGUAUGCUGUCUUAUUGUUAAUUGAUGAAGCACCAGGAAGCCAACUGGUUACAGAUAAGUUUCACAUUGACUGGGAUUCAGUACUUGUUGAUUCUGACAAUGUCAUUGUGGCUCGAUUUGAUGGCAGAGGUAGUGGGUUUCAGGGUCUGAAGAUUUUGCAGGAGGUUCACCGUAGCCUGGGCUCUGUAGAAGUGAAGGACCAAAUAACAGCUGUAAAGUCUUUAUUGAAGCAACCAUACAUUGAUCCCAAAAGACUAAGUAUAUUUGGAAAGGGAUAUGGUGGAUAUAUUGCAUCAAUGAUUUUGAAAUCUGAUGAAAGAUUUUUUAAAUGUGGAUCAGUGGUUGCACCAAUUACAGAUAUGAAGUUAUAUGCUUCAGCUUUUGCUGAAAGGUACCUAGGCUUGCCAUCUAAGGAAGAAAAUACUUACCAAGCAUCCAGUGUCCUACACAAUAUUCACAGCUUAAAAGAAGAAAAUUUAUUAAUAAUUCAUGGGACAGCUGAUACAAAAGUCCACUUCCAGCAUUCUGCAGAAUUAAUCAAGCACUUAAUAAAAGCUGGAGUAAAUUAUACUAUGCAGGUCUAUCCAGAUGAAGGCCAUAAUAUUGCAUCCGAGAAGAGCAAAUAUCACCUUUACAGCACAAUCCUCAGAUUCUUCAGUGAUUGUUUAAAGGAAGAAGUACCAGUGUUACCACAGGAACCUGAAGAAGAUGAAUAGAAGGAAUCUUAUUUAUAUAGAACUGAAGGAGAUUUUGAGGUUCAAUGAAACCGAAACAUGACUGUAAUUUUGCAGACUCUGCAGAGGUUCAAGGGCAGCUAGAGGAGAGGACACUGGAACAGCACACUCAAGAGACAAUGAGCUAAUAAACUGAAAUUUGAAUACAAAAAUCCAAACAUACUAAGUUGUCAAGGGGACAAAAUCUUCCCCUUUGUGGAAGGUCAAGCGUGGGUUACUGUUUCCUGGAAGAAAUUAGUUUUGCAUAAAAGUAGGGGUAGUGCAUGUUUUCUUCUGUUACCUCCCUAUUUGUUCUGUAAAGUAGGAACUCAUUUUAAUUUCGAUAGCCACUUUCAUCUUUGCAUCUAAUGCACAACCUAUCCUAAAUACGACAGUCCCUGAUCUCCCAAGGGUGAGCUGCAAGCUAACACUUUACUGUAAUGUUACAAUAAGUGCAAUUCCUUCACUGUCUACUAUUACGCAUAAGGAAAAAAAAUAUUCAGUUAAUAAAGGACACAGUAUUUUAUGUAGUUUCUGUUUAAAAGAAAGACAUAUUGGGUGGGCCAAAUCACUUUAGGUAGAACACACUCAAUUUGAAUAUUUUCCAAAUUUCAGUAGUUUGCUAGCAGAUCACAUAUCUCUACACAACGCACAAGCAUAUGGAUACAUACGGAUAUAUGUGUGUGCCGAUAAAGAUCCACCCAUUUUUCACUGUAAAAUAACUCUUAAGAGAUCAGCUUUUUAUUGAACUACAACAGUGACUCUUUUACAAAAUAGAAUGGAUGCAUUGUUUAACAAGCCAAAUAUGAUGAUAUAUGUAUACAUAUACAUAUCCAUAGUUCCCAAAUUCAAAUUCUAGUUAUUGUUUCCAUAUAGGAUGUUUGGGUUGUGUUUGGUAUUGGUUUCAAUGGUAAAUAGUUUUCUAGUUGCACUUUAAUUUUUGACUAUACCUUGUCACAUGUAAAUUAGAUACCUAAAUAUUAAAUUAUAGUUUCAGAUAAAGGAAUUUUGUUAAUAA